AUGGCAGCACUGAUGAAGAGCCCUGAAGCAAUAUUGAAGAAGGCACAAGCAGAGAUUAGAGGUGCAGUUGGAAAUAAAGAUAUAGUAAACGAAGAUGAUAUUCAAAAGCUCCCUUAUCUCAAGGCAAUUGUCAAGGAGACCUUCAGAUUGUAUCCUCCAGCUCUACUUUCAGUUCCAAGACAGACACUAGCAAAUUGCAUUAUAAAUGGUCACGAAAUCCAGUUCAAUUCUAUAGUUUACACAAAUGUCUGGGCGAUUGGAAGAGAGCUCGAGUAUUGGGAAAAUCCAAAUGAGUUUUUGCCUGAGCGAUGCUUGAAUAUUAGUGUAGAUAUGAAAGGGAAAGACUUUCAACUGAUACCAUUUGGAGCUGGCCGAAGGGGCUGCCCUCGAUAUUCUCUGGGACUAGCAAUGGUGGAAGUUGGACUUGCCAGUCUUCUGUACUCUUUUGACUGGGAAUUGCCUUUUGGGAUCAAGAAAGACGACGUUGAUACUCAAGUUUUACCAGAAACACUUCGGUUGUACCCAGCAGCACCAAUGCUAGUGCCACAUGAGUCGUCCAAUGACUAUAAAAUUGGGGAAUACAAUAUAUCGCGAGGCACAAUUUUGCUAGUUAAUGCAUGGAUAAUUCACAGGGACCCAAAUGUUUGGGAUGAUCCAACAAGCUUCAAGCCAAAGAGAUUCGAAGACUUGCAGGUUCAGCCAUCAAAGCUGAUUCCAUUUGGGAUGGGAAGGAGAUCUUGCCCUGGUUCUGGCCUAGCACAGUGGGUGGUGGGUUUGCCUUGA